AUGGUGUCAAUUCCUGCAAAGUAUCAGGGUAAUGAAGGAUUCAGAAGGUCACAUCCUGUACUGUUGGUUGUUGCGGGUGAUGAGACCAACAAGUUAAGCCUUGAUCAAAAGCGUUGUCAUUUGGGUGGGUGUGGCAGAGACGGUUCUAUGGAGUUUCAAUCGGGGUAUGCCAUCAACUCUCCUACAGCUAGGCAAUUUUACUCUUUAAGUUCUAGCUUUUAUGUGCAGGCCCUCAGGUUUCAGUCGGCAGUGUUAAUGGUCAGAUGUAAUCAUCGGAUUUUAGCUCCGGGUCUUGAAAUGCAAGUUUUUGUUAAGGAAAUUGAUUCUUGGAUACAUAAUAGUGCAGCCACUCAAACCUAUGACUGGGCUCUUCUGAUGUGCAGCUUUACAAGAUCUAUCGUGGAAUGA